UGGCUUCAUGUGUAUGAAAUGCAGAGUUAAAUUCAAGACAAUACGCACCAAGACCCUUCUGAUAUCAUCACCAUGGAGACAUGUUUUCGCAGACUUUGGAUGACAGUUGUUCUGGCAUCGAUUAUGCGGAGAUCAGUCGCGGUAGGGCCGGUUAUCCGGUGCGAACCAUGUGAUGCUGGAGCCCGGCUCCUGUGCAAGCCGUUGCCCAAGGACUGCGCGGAGAGAGUUCGCGAACCGGGCUGCGGGUGCUGCAUGACUUGCGCGCUGGCCUUUGGAAAGCCGUGCGGAGUGUACACCGGGAGAUGUGGCACCGGGAUGACAUGCCAGCACCAGCCCGGCGAGACGAAACCUCUCCAAGCUCUGCUGGAAGGACGAGGACAGUGUGCAAACGCGACCAUUAAAAGACCUGUUGCCACUUUAAUCAAUGAGAGACAAGAAAAUGAUGGUGGUAUUCAGGAGGAGGAGCYUAACACCACCGCCCCAGUGCUCCAAGCCUCCUUCAGCACCAGCAGACCUCCUGUAGGCUUCCCCAGAAUCCCCCAUCACCCCCCUCUCCUCCACCCCGUCAAGGCAGAGGUCAUCCGCAGGGAGCAGCUGAAGAGGGCCCAGAGUUACAAGAUGGAGGAAGUCCCUGGAGCUCUCAGCACAGACCAACAMAACUUCUCCCUGGAAUCCAAGCAGGACCCAGAGUAUGGUCCCUGUCGUAGAGAGAUGGAGAGUAUCCUCAAUGGACUGAAGAUCACAGACAUCCUCAACCCCAGAGGCUUCCGCAUCCCAAACUGUGACAAGAAGGGCUUCUACAAGAAAAAACAGUGCCGUCCAUCCAAGGGCAGAAAGCGAGGGUUUUGCUGGUGUGUCGAUAAGUAUGGGCAGCCAUUGCCAGGUUUCAACGGGAAGGAGAGAGGAGACGCUCUGUGCUACAACUCAGAGAGCCAAUAAGACAAGAGCAGCGAGAAAGAGCCAGAGAGAGAGAGAGAGAGAGAGAGAGGGUGAGAGAAAGAAAAAGGACCCAUGAAUACACAGAGAAACUGAGGAUAUCGGGAUUCAAAAGAUUCCAAAAUGGCUGGGCCUGGACAUUUGUUGACUAGCAUUGAUGACUCUUUGGCCCAUGGGACCUUAUGGAGGGCAGAGCAGGGGGAAUGGCUUGAGAAGAAGACAGGACUCAUCCAAUCACACUCCUUGUGUCCAGCAAACUCCCUCCUAUGCUAUGUGCUGCUCCUAUGUACUGUAAACAGUGUGUGGAUGGAUUCUCCAUAGACUGAAAGGGCAGACCAGACUUGGUAUAUGUAACUCUAAGGACACAUGAGAUGUAAUCAUUCAUUCCAUAGCACAGGGCUAGCUUUGAUGAUUACAGACUUGACGACAGAGGAUCAUAUACAGUGCUCGUCUCGACCCUCAACGAGAGGCGUACACCAACGCACAGCUAGGUGGCACUAUACUCAUGUGUGUGCGUGUUUGUAUGGCUGCAUGGUAUGAUUAUAUUUGUAUGUGUGUGGUUCUGUAUAUUUGAUAUG